UGCCAGCAUCCAGCCAUGGGGGAUAUGAAAACCCCAGAUUUUGAUGACCUUCUGGCUGCCUUUGACAUCCCAGACCCUACCAGCCUCGACGCCAAGGAGGCCAUCCAGACACCCAGUGAGGAGAAUGAGAGUCCUCUCAAGCCUUCAGGCAUGUGUAUGGAUGAAAGUGUGUCCUUGUCUCACUCAGGAUCAGCCCCAGAUGUGCCGGCCGUGAGUGUCAUUGUCAAGAACACCAGUCGCCAGGAGUCAUUUGAAGCAGAGAAAGAUCACAUUGCUCCCAGCCUCCUGCACAAUGGAUUCCGGGGCUCAGACCUGCCUCCAGAUCCGCACAACUGUGGAAAAUUCGAUUCCACUUUCAUGAAUGGGGACAGUGCCAGGAGUUUCCCUGGCAAGCUGGAGCCUCCCAAGUCAGAGCCAUUACCCACCUUCAACCAGUUCAGUCCAAUCUCCAGCCCAGAACCUGAUGAUCCCAUCAAAGACAACGGGUUUGGGAUAAAGCCCAAGCACUCUGAUAGUUAUUUCCCACCCCCUCCUGGGACCGUAGGGGGCCCAGUCCUGGAGGCUCUGACUAAGUUUCCGGUCCCAGAGCUGCAUAUGUUUGAUCACUUCUGUAAGAAAGAACCCAAGCCAGAACCAGAACCCCUGCCCUUGGGGAGCCAGCAGGAACACGAGCAAGGUGGGCAAAAGGCAGUGGAACCUCACAAAGAGCUGGAUGCCAGCCGAUUCUUUGGAGAAGCUUUGGAGUUCAAUAGCCACCCUAGCAACAGUAUCGGAGAGGCCAAGGGGCUGGCCCGGGAGCUUGGUCCCUACUCAUCCGUCCCCCCUAGGCAGCGUCUUAAACCAGCUCAUUCCAAGCUGUCCUCUUGUGUAGCAGCCUUGGUGGCCCUGCAGGCCAAAAGAGUGGCCAGUGUCACUAAAGAGGAUCAACCUGGUCACAUGAAGGAUCCCUCAGGGCCCACUAAAGAGAGUUCUAAAGGCAGCCCCAAAAUGCCCAAGUCACCAAAGAGUCCCCGGAGCCCUCUGGAGGCCACUAGAAAAAGCAUCAAGCCAUCGGACAGCCCUCGGAGCAUCUGCAGUGACAGCAGCAGCAAAGGCUCCCCUUCUGUGGCUGCCAGCUCCCCACCAGCAAUUCCCAAAGUCAGAAUCAAAACCAUUAAGACAUCAUCAGGGGAAAUCAAACGGACCGUCACAAGGAUCCUGCCAGAUCCCGACGAUCUAAGUAAGUCUCCUGUUGGGUCACCUCUCGGGAGCGCCAUUGCCGAGGUCCCAAGCGAGGUGCCAGGGGACGAGGUGCCGGUGGAAGAGCACUUUCCUGAGUCAGGCACAAAUUCAGGGAGCCCCCAGGGUGACAGGAAAGGGGACGAGAGCGUGGCAAAGUCCAGUGACUCUUCGUCUCCCUGCUGCAGCUCUGGGCCCCGGGUCCCAAAGGGGGCUGCCCUGGGCUCACAAAUGGGCAAGAAGCAACAGAGCACAGCAUUGCAGGCAUCCACCCUGGCCCCUGCCAACCUCCUGCCCAAAGCCGUGCACCUGGCCAACCUGAACCUCGUCCCCCACAGCGUUGCCGCUUCAGUGACGGCCAAGUCCUCAGCGCAGCGACGGAGCCAGCCACAGCUUACACAGAUGUCAGUGCCCCUGGUCCACCAGGUGAAAAAGGCUGCCCCACUGAUUGUGGAGGUCUUCAACAAGGUCCUCCACAGCUCCAACCCCGUGCCCCUCUAUGCGCCAAAUCUCAGCCCACCUGCAGACAGCAGGAUCCACGUGCCGGCCAGUGGGUACUGCUGCCUGGAGUGUGGAGACGCGUUUGCCUUAGAGAAGAGCCUGAGCCAGCAUUAUGGCCGGCGGAGUGUCCACAUUGAGGUGCUGUGCACUCUGUGCUCCAAGACACUGCUCUUCUUCAACAAGUGCAGCCUGCUCCGGCACGCCCGCGACCACAAGAGCAAGGGGCUCGUCAUGCAGUGUUCCCAGCUGCUCGUAAAGCCCAUCUCUGCGGACCAAAUGUUUGUGUCGGCCCCUGUGAACUCCACGGCACCAGCAGCUCCGGCCCCCUCAUCCUCUCCCAAACAUGGUCUCACUUCAGGCAGUUCCAGCUCCCCUCUUCCAGCCUUGCCUCUCUACCCAGACCCUGUGAGGCUCAUCCGGUACGCGAUCAAGUGUCUUGAAUGUCACAAGCAGAUGCGGGACUUCACGGUCCUGGCUGCACAUUUCCAGAGGACGACAGAGGAGACCGAGGGACUGACUUGCCAGGUAUGCCAGAUGCUGCUGCCCAACCAGUGCAGUUUCUGUGCCCACCAGCGGAUUCAUGCACACAAGUCCCCCUACUGCUGCCCGGAGUGUGGGGUCCUCUGUCGCUCUGCCUACUUCCAGACCCACGUAAAGGAGAAUUGCCUGCACUAUGCCCGCAAGGUGGGCUACAGGUGUAUCCACUGUGGUGUCGUCCACGUGACCUUGGCCUUGCUGAAAAGCCACAUCCAGGAGCGACACUGCCAGGUUUUCCACAAAUGUGCAUUCUGCCCCAUGGCCUUCAAGACUGCCAGCAGCACUGCGGACCACAGUGCUGCCCAGCAUCCCACCCAGCCCCACAGACCCUCCCAGCUCAUCUAUAAGUGCUCCUGUGAAAUGGUCUUCAACAAGAAGAGGCACAUUCAGCAGCAUUUUUACCAGAAUGUCAGCAAGUCGCAGGUGGGCGUCUUCAAGUGCCCUGAGUGCCCACUCUUGUUCGUGCAGAAGCCGGAGUUGAUGCAACAUGUCAAGAGCACUCACGGUGUUCCCCGAAACGUGGAAGAGCUGUCAAGCCUCCAGUCGUCAACGGACACAUCUUCGAGCCGCCCUGGCUCUCGAGUUUCCACUGAGCCCCCAGCCACCAAUGUGGCUGCUCGGAGCAGCUCCCUGCCCUCUGGCCGCUGGGGCAGGCCCGAAGUCCAUCGCAGGGCUGAGGCCAGGCCCCGGCUGAGGAACACUGGCUGGACCUGCCAGGAGUGCCAGGAGUGGGUUCCUGAUCGGGAGAGCUAUGUGUCCCACAUGAAAAAGAGCCACGGGCGGACAUUGAAGCGGUACCCAUGCCGGCAGUGCGAACAGUCCUUCCAUACCCCAAACAGCCUGCGCAAACACAUCCGCAACAACCACGACACAGUCAAGAAGGUCUACACUUGUGGGUACUGCACAGAGGACAGCCCCAGCUUUCCUCGGCCCUCCCUCCUGGAGAGCCACAUCAGCCUUAUGCAUGGCAUCAGAAACCCUGAUUUGAGCCCGACGUCCAAAGUCAGACCUCCUGGUGGACAUUCCCCUCAGGUGAACCAUCUGAAAAGACCAGUCAGUGGAGUGGGGGAUGCUCCGGGCACCAGCAAUGGCGCAACUGUCUCUUCCACCAAAAGGCACAAGUCCCUUUUUCAAUGUGCAAAAUGUAGUUUUGCCACAGACUCGGGGCUCGAAUUUCAGAGCCACAUACCUCAACACCAGGUGGACAGCUCCACAGCCCAGUGUUUCCUCUGUGGCUUGUGCUACACCUCAGCCAGUUCCCUCAACCGCCACCUCUUCAUUGUCCACAAGGUGAGAGACCAGGAGGAGGAAGAAGAAGAGGAGGAAGAGGCAGCGGCAGAGGUGGCAGUGGAGGCGGCAGAGCCAGAAGAGGGCUCCGGGGAGGAGGUGCCCAUGGAGACUAGAGAGAAUGGACUGGAAGAGUGUGCCGGCGAGCCUUUGUUGGCUGACCCAGAGGCAAGGAGAUCACUGGGCCUGGCCCGUGAGGAGGACGGUGUCCAAGAUGCUAAGAGUCAACCACAGGCCUCUCAGGACCAGGACAGCCACGCACUAUCCCCUCAGGUGUGAUCGGAGGCUUUGCAGUGUGUGCGGUUGGGGUGGUGCCAUGGCGUCCUCCACCUGCCAUGCGGACUGAGGGAGGUAGAAGGCCCUGCCCUGGUGUGAGUGUGGCCGGCUGUGUAGAGCAGUGUCUGGCAUGAGCUGCCGGUGCUGGGUGUCCCUCAGCCCCAGGAAAUAUGGGGUUGCCAGGACCUUACAGCUCUGAAUUUGCUUCUGUUAUUUAUGGCUUUGUGCUGCUUCUUGGUACCCCAACUCUUGUCUGUGUCCUUCCAACCCCAGGCUGCUUACGUGGCCCUGCCCCAGUGCUGUCCACUUGGCUUGAAACCCCUCAGCAGCUAUGUGCUUCUGGGAGGUCCCACCUGCGGCCUUCAGCCGGGGGACUCCUCGGAGCUCUGUUUUCUCGCAGACACCGGCUCUCCUUCCUGCCUUGAGCCUGAGAAGGAGGGGGUUAAGGGGUGCUGACACCCCUCUGGGAGAGCGAGCUCUGCCCAGCCUGGCUUGGCGAGAGCCCUUGGUCACCUAGCCCUUCCCUUUUGUCUUCUUAGUCUUUCCCCCCAAACAGUCCUGAGAACUAAUUGUCACUGGGCUCUCCAUGUCUCUGUGGGUGGAAGAAACCUCUGCAGCACACCUGUUUGCACCCCAGGGAGAACAGGGGGUGCGGCAAAGGCAGGCAGGCCCCAGGAGCCAGACAGACCCCUUCAGAAGGGCUGUGGGUGGGCCUUUGCUCCGCUGCUCUGCCUUUCCUGACAAGUGGGGUUUGGGGCACACAGACAUUGGAAUAUUUGUACUCUUGCUCCUGUGCCAUUAGAGAGGCUGCUGCCCCAGGCAGGCAGCCCCUCCUCCUCUUGGCUCCACUCAUGUUGCUCAGACUAUAUUUCAAAUAAAAAAAUCUUCUUACCAUGCA